AUGUCUCAACAACCUAUUAGAAACAAAGUCAACCAAUUGGCUUCUGCCCCAACUCCUCAAAACACUCCAGCUUCUGUAACUGGCUCUUAUUUAAAAUCAAAUCCAAUUGUUCCUUCAACUAUUGAUGAAGAAUCAGAAAUUAAAAAAAAUUUAAGUAAUAAUCCAGCCUUCUUAUCAAUGAUCCAAGGGAAAUUAGGUACUUUAGUUGGUAAAGAUUCUGGUUAUAUUGAUUCAUUAUCAAAAGAUGUUAAAAAUCGUAUUUAUUCAUUAAAAUCUGUUCAAUCUGAUCAAAUGAAAUUAGAAGAAGAAUUUCAAAAAGAAUUAUUAGAAUUAGAAAAAAAAUUUUAUAAGAAAUAUGAACCUUUAUAUCAAAAAAGAUCUGAUAUCAUCAAUGGUGAAUUAGAACCAAGUUUAAAAGAAAUUGAAGCUGGUAAAAAAAUUGAAUCUGAAUUAGAAGGUGAUGAAGAUAUUGAAGAAGAAGAUAAUGAAGAAGAUGAAGAACAAGAAGAUGAUGUUGAUCAAGAAGAUAUUAAAGGUAUCCCACAUUUCUGGUUAACCGCUUUGGAAAAUUUACAUCCUGUUUCUGAUACUAUAACUGAACGUGAUUCUGAAGUUUUAUCAUUUUUAAAAAAUAUUAAAUUAGAAUAUUUAGAUCAACCUGGUUUUAAAUUAAUUUUUGAAUUUAAUGAAAAUGAAUUUUUCCAUAACAAAAAUUUAACCAAAACAUAUUAUUAUCAAGAAGAAUUAGGUUAUUCAGGUGAUUUUAUUUAUGAUCAUGCUGAAGGUGAUGAAAUUAAAUGGAAAUCUCAAGAAUCAAAUGUUACAAUUUCUAUAGAAAGAAGAAAACAAAGAAAUAAACAUACUAAACAAACAAGAACUAUUGAAAAAUUAACUCCAACUGAAUCUUUUUUCAAUUUCUUUGAUCCUCCAAAAACUCCUGAUGAUGAACAAAAUGAACAAAAUGAUGAAGAUGAUGAAGAAGAUGAAGAACAAGAUCAAGAUGAUUUAGAAGAAAGAUUAGCAUUAGAUUAUCAAUUGGGUGAAGAAAUUAAAGAUAAAUUGAUUCCAAGAGCUGUUGAUUGGUUUACAGGUUCUGCUAUUGAUUAUGGAUUAGAAGAUGAAGAAUUUGAUGAUGAAGAAGAUUUUGAUGAAGAAGAUGAAGAAGAUGAUAGUGAAGGUGAUGAUGAUGAUGAUGAAGAUAGUGAAGAAGAAGGUGCUGAUGGUCAAGCUUCUAAAGGUAAACAACAACCACCAGAAUGUAAACAAUCAUGA